CUAUACUAAAUCCCUAGAAAGAUACUUCGUAUAUAUGUAUGCGUAUAUACAUAGCAGCUUUAAUAAAAAUAAACAAAACCUGACUCUAGCGCUACGUAUUCCGCCCCUGCGCAUAAGCUUUCUUCUUUCUCAAUUGUGCCUUGAAUCAAAGUCCUCAAACUUAUUUAAGAGAAGAGCUUACCGAAAGACGUUAUCAAGGUCCCACACUUAUUUGAGUAAUUUGAGUUCAGCCGUUGACAGAUACUAAAGGUAAGGCCAAGGCCUAGGAAGGUGAUGAGAGAGUGGAACGCGUGCCAAGAUGAGUUGACGGGGACGACCUUGGCGGCUUCCAGCUAGCUAUUAUUAUGCCUCAUUAUUUUAGAUAUUGUUCUAAGGAGUUUAUUAUUAUUACUUUUUUUUUUAUUUAUGGUUUGAAGUUGAAUAAAUUCCUGGAUCCAGGUGGUUGUCACAUUUGCUAGUGAUAACUAGAAUUUUAAUGAGUUUUAUUUGGAGUUAUAUCUUAGGUAUAUUUGAGAUUUUAUCAGGGUUAUUUCGUAAACAAACGGCCGUUAUAUUGCAGUUAUUUUUUUAAAAGUAGUAUGCUAGAGUAAUGAUUCCUUUUACCCUGAGAGGGGCGUUACAAAUUUGGUAUCAGAGCCCAGGUUGUCCCGUAACUUCACUUGUCACCGUACACGUGCUCAUCAUCUUCCAAGUAAGUAUUUAAAGUUAGUUUUUAUAUUUCUGUACAUGAGCAAGAGGAGUUUAUUAGAUAGAGAACAAAGAUAUGAAUGUCUUUCCUUUUUAGUAAUGUGUAUGGCACAUAAAUAAAAAGUUUAUAUUUAGGUGCCUUGAGAAAAUGAGGAGAACCCGUGGUAGCAAUGCACAAGGGAACAGUAAUGAGCAAGGAAACAAUCACGAGCAAGAUUUGAUAGGUAUUGUAGCGCAACUUCAGAGGCAGUUGCAGGAGCAGCAACAGAUCAUCGACCGUUUGACCGCGAACAAUCAAAGGGGCGGAGCUCAAGGAGGAAAUGCUGGUAAUAAUCAAGGCGUGGGAAAUGGAGCACCAAGACGAGAACCUCUGAUGAUCACUUGGAGGAAGAUCAAGCCCGCGGAUUUUGAAGGGGGUCCCGACCCUCUAGCUGCUCAGGGAUGGCUGAAGACCAUUGAAGGCAUUGCUAAUGGUUUGGAAUUAGCAGAUAAUGACAAGGUUCGAUGCGCGUCUUAUAGCCUCACCAUGGAUGCUCGAAUAUGGUGGGAGACUGUGGAAACAAGGUAUAACGUUGCGCAGAUGACAUGGGAGCAGUUCAAAGAGGAGUUCACCAACCAGUAUUUCAAUGCUAGUGUCACACGUAAGUACCAGGAUGAGCUUCAGAAUCUACGUCAGGGAACCAUGGAUGUAGCAACCUUGGCGACACAAUUUCAGAGACUACUACGUAUUUGCCCUACAGCUGCUCCGACAGAGAGGGAUAAGGUGAAGUUGUUCCUGAAAGCCCUUAGGAAGGAUAUAGCAGUUCACUUGGAGAACGGUAACCAGACCCCGGCUACAUUAGUUGACUGUGUCCUUAUAGCGAGUCAAAAGGAGUACUACCUCCCUACCGAUCCAGUGCCCGCUCAGUCGCAGCCUGUGCCAUUGCAGCCACAGAAUCAGCCACAGGGAUACACGAGUAACUCGAAGAAUAACAAGAAGAGAAGUUUUAAGAGCAGUAACGUCAAGGGAGCUGGACAUCAUCAGGAGCGACAAAAUAAACAGAUGAAGUUUCCGCAGUGUGCGAAUUGUGGCCGUAAUCAUCCAGGCCAAUGCAGAUUGGGUUCGAGAGCUUGCUUCACUUGUGGCCUUGAGGGCCAUAUGUUCAGAGACUGUCCAAGAAAGAAUCAGCAAGGCUACCAGAUCACUCAGAUGCCGAGGAAUCCAGCACCUUCAGCGGUCGUCCAUAAUAUGCAGGCUUAUCUAGAAGGACCAUCCAUCCAGCAGGGACGCCUUGAGGCACCACCAGAGGCCCCAGUUGCUAGAGUGUUCACCAUCUCCAAGGAAGAGGCAUCUAUAAAUCCCGGAGUUGUCACAGAUACUAAAGGUAAGGCCAAGGCCUAGGAAGGUGAUGAGAGAGUGGAACGCGUGCCAAGAUGAGUUGACGGGGACGACCUUGGCGGCUUCCAGCUAGCUAUUAUUAUGCCUCAUUAUUUUAGAUAUUGUUCUAAGGAGUUUAUUAUUAUUACUUUUUUUUUUAUUUAUGGUUUGAAGUUGAAUAAAUUCCUGGAUCCAGGUGGUUGUCACAUUUGCUAGUGAUAACUAGAAUUUUAAUGAGUUUUAUUUGGAGUUAUAUCUUAGGUAUAUUUGAGAUUUUAUCAGGGUUAUUUCGUAAACAAACGGCCGUUAUAUUGCAGUUAUUUUUUUAAAAGUAGUAUGCUAGAGUAAUGAUUCCUUUUACCCUGAGAGGGGCGUUACAUGCUAAAAUGCGUAUAUUGUAAAAUAAAUAUCAUGGGUAAACAUUAUAAAAAGAACCCUAUUAUAUUUGUAAUUCCAGAAAGAAAGACUAUAUUAUUUCUAAUAUAAAAUUAUUGUGUUUGUCAUUA